AUGGGUGCCAGCGACUCGAAGCUCGUCUUCAAGAAGGGCAUCUUCAGGCUGUCUGAGGAGCGUCACAUCCCGGCUGAUGACCCCUACUGGACUUCUUUUUGGGAGCUCCCCGAAUCCUCAGAGGACAUCUUCAGCCUCUUUGCCCCCGCCGACAUUCGUCGCACCAGAGAUAAAGCCCUCGAAAACCUAGAAACCUUGAUACUUGCAAUCACAUCUCGACUGUUCAUAUUGCGCCAUCAUCCCUCGUUCCCCGACCCUGAGAUCGCACCUGAACGAGACGCUCUGAACUGUAUCCGAGUCCUGACGCGCAUUCUACCCUUCAUCUACGAGGCUGAUAACCUUCAACAAUGGGAAGAAACAUUCUUCUGGGGGGCUAGGCGGAAGAGGACGAGGCAAUCCGCCAUUGCCAACGAAGUGUUGUUCGACGGAGCCCAGGAUGGCCCGCGAUCGCCGAAGCCGAGGAACGACCCUGAAGACUUCGAAGACGCCAAGCCUCUCGCCGAGGAGCUUAUCGACACUCUCGUAGACUUGCUGUUCUUUUCCGAUCUCACCUUACCCAAACAACCCAAUGGACGCUCGAAAGUCACGUACGCCAUCUGGCAGAGUGGCGUGGGCUGCAAUACCGCAGUAACAACCACCAAGGAGUUCGAAAGCAACCGUAGCGAGAUUCUCCGCCUGCUCAUGACCAUGACAAGUCAGAGCAUGUAUAUGUCACCCAACGCUCUUCCACAAAAGGGUGUCCGGGCCUUGACCCACAUUUGUACAUGCCCCGACAAGCAGGUCGUGCUGUCGGUUCUCUGCUCGCUGCUGAAUACUACCCUAAAGUACAACCCAGCCACCUGGCGUGUUCCUUACAACACGCUCGUCUUCAAAGACGAGAAGCAGAUUCUGGUGACUUACACACUACAACUGCUGCUGGUAUUCUUGCUGUAUCCAAUACCCGAGCAGGAUGGCACGACGCCCAAGAACUUUUAUCGUCAUUUCCUUGGCCGACUUCACCGCCCCCAGGACUUUCAAUUCAUCGUCGACGGUAUGACUCGAAUUCUUAACCAGCCGCUCCAGGAGAAGAGUUCGUAUAUUCCCAGCGGACAAACCGGGGCCAAGUUUGCUCCAGAAAUCAUCAUGCUUUUCUGGGAAAUUACGCAGUGUAACAAACGAUUCCGUUCAUUCAUCAUCGAUACGGAGCGCCUGACGGAUUUUCUCGUUCUGACACUUUUCUACGCUCUGGAGUACAAGAAUGAUCCGUCCAAGCAAGGGGUAGUGCGGAUGUGUGCCUUCUUGCUCCAAACUUUGAGUGUGGAAAAGAACUUUGGCACCAAUCUCAACCGCACUUUUGGGCGACAAGAAAGUCUGCCUUUGACCAUCAGAAUACCAGGAUUCAGCGGAACAUACGCCGACUUCUUGAUCCACUCAAUCUACAACCUCAUCACCACGAGUCAAGGCAGACUGAAUGCCAUCUACCCGGCAUUGUUGGCAGUGAUCAACAAUAUCGCUCCUUACCUAGAAGGACUCAGUCCGGCAUCUGCAUCGAAGCUGAUGCAGCUGUUCUCUUCGAUGUCUUCCCCCUCGUUUCUUCUGGCAAAUGAUAGUAACCACGACCUUUUGAGGUCACUAAUGGAGUCCAUCAACUCAGUCGUCGAGCAUCAGUACCAAAAGAAUCCAGAGUUGAUCUUCUCGAUCUUGCGCAACAAGAAGCGCAUUGAAGCACUGCGUACUUUCACGCUUGAGAGUGGUCAGGAGGAGAUUGAGAGACGCAACCGUCGCCGCAAGGAGGCUGCGGCCAGCGGUGAUGGAUUGGAACCAAGUUCGGUCAGAAGCUCCGUUGAAAGCCUCCGCAGCCCGACGACUUCGCAAGCUCGGCAACCCACCCUCAGCGAUGUGCCUGAAGAAGAUGGAACUUUCGCGAUCGGGGAUGACGACGACGAUAGCGAUGACGAUGAUGACGAUGACGAAGACGAUCAUCGCCCUACGCCAGCCCAGUCUACUACAAGCGAAAACCCGUCCGUCACAUCGUCCCAAGCCGAAUUUGCGGAGGAUGCGGUUCCUACGCAACUCCGCGGAAUGUCGGAGAAAGCCAGGGGAAAGAUGCCCGCUGGCGUGCCCAAUUUCUCCCGACAGAACAGCACCACAAGUCUCGGCGGCUACUCCACCAGUGGACAAUCACAGACCGGCGUCUUUGAACCAAGUGCGCAGUGGAUCGAGAGCUGGCUCCCAGAGCUUCCUCUCCAUACCAUGCUCACUGUGAUUCAGCAAGUGUCAGCUUUGCUGCCCCGUCAAGCACUUGCUGGCGAAUCCGCGAACCGAGAGACGCUGCAAAAGAUACAGGAAAUCAGGCUAGUAGGUGUAGAUCCCACACCGCCUCGUGUCCAUUCGUUCGAGUGGUCACAGUUGUCUUUGGGCUGGUACGAAUCGCUCCUCUGGGGUUUUGUCUUCACCAGCGAGAUCCAGGUAUCCAAGGGUACAGUUGGAAUCUGGAACGGGACAGCAAUAAAACUAUUCCGCGUCCAAGAGACAGCUCCACAAGGUCCCAGCUUGACCUCACCUAGAGGAGCAGUAGACGCCGUGGGAAGCAACAUCGUGUCCCGUAUCGGCGCCAUGAACCUUCGCGGUGCUCCGGGAGCUGCUGCACCAGGUGCUCCGCAACGUCCUUUUUGA